UGGUUGAAAUUUAUCUAUGACGUAUCGCAAACUUUGAUGCCGCAGCUGUAACCUUCUGAUGCUUUCCCCGUUGUUUUCUUUCUACAAAUCGUAUCAAUAUGAUCGUGGCAAGAAGUAAUUUUACUAAACAGUGGGGUAGAAGUCGAGGCGCCCCCAGAGCGUCUGGAACACGUACUUUGACGCUAGUCGCUCUCGUCGUUGCAAGUAUACCGUCGUGUUUUGGUCAAGAUGACCACUUAUGCCCGGCUGCUCUGUUGGAUGAACAGGAAGCUAAACUGUCGCACGAAGUCGGUCGAAUGGUGGACAGCCACUUGCAGUUUCAUUGCAGUGAAAUUCAGCACGUUGAGUUUGAGCGAGACAACGUCAGUCUGAGUGCUGGCGGCAACGACGGCCGUCUGCGUCUAAUUGACAAUAGGAUGUCAAUCUCUCAUCUGAAACGGUCCGAUUCAGGAUGCUACAGAUGUGGUGCUCGUACAUCUAGUGGGAGGUACUGCUGGAGUAGUCCCGUAUGUCUAUCCGUUAUUGAGGACAUACCUCAUGUUUCUGUCGAUCGGACACAAUAUCACAUUUUGCUUGGAUGCAAUCUGACCAUUUGGGUGAAUGUCACUAAUCUUUCGAAGUGCGGUCCGGUCAGAUACGUUCGCUGGAUCGUAAACAACAGCGAUACAUCGGACAUCAUCGACAAACAACGGGGUAGUCUGUUUGGUCUGAUGCUGUUCGGUCAGUCAUUGACCAGCAGUAGCACAGUUAGUCUCCUGAUUGGCAACGACAUCGGCUAUGCAGGCAUAGUCACAUUCAAAAUCGUCAUAAACGAUCCUCGGAAAUCUAAAACAAGAUUGUCUUGUGAAAACGGUGUAGACUAUGGAUGGCCGAGUGGACAGAAUGGGCAUCUUGGAAUGGAGUUUCCAUCAUCGACGUUUACUGAAAUCUCAUUUGUUACUCCGACGGUUAACACAACGGGUGCCGACAGUGAAAUGACUAUUGUGGCUGCUGUUGUGUCUGUCGUCGUCGUUGUGAGUAUCAUUGUUGUGGUAUCUUGCAUAGUGGUGAGAUGUUUUCGACGAUAUCGUGGGAGGAAGGAGAACGGACGUUCAGAAGACAAGCCACAAAAAGAAGUCGAUAAGGAGAGUUUGUAUUCGAAACGAUCUGAUUCAGUUGUGGAAUGUGUUGGGCGUGUAAACGAGUCGGGUUUGUGUACUAUGGGAGGAAACGUCAACGGUAAUGAAGGCUGCAGUACUUCGAUCACAUCUCAGACUACCGACAAUAGCUCGUAUGUGUAGUCAGACUAUAUUUUGUACUGACUUGGAUUCGAGCAGUUAUAGACAGCAAAGAUGCCCGAACAUUUCUGCUUUGUAAUUUGUAUGGGUAGGUAUCCAUUGUGAAGUUGUCUAGAUUGUGUUGCAUUUGGAUGUUUGUAUUCCAUAAAUUUUAUAUUACAUUAGGGUAUACUCUUCAUUGUA